AUGGCUCCAUCUAAUACUCGACUUCCAGUCGGGAACAAAGACUUCACUCAUGCCACUGUCGUUAUUAUUGGCGCAGGGAUCUCUGGAAUUUGCAUGGCAAUUGAUCUAAUUAAGCGAAAUCAAUGCCAUAACUUUGUGAUCUUGGAAAAGGGCAGUACCUUAGGCGGUACUUGGAAUGAUAACAAGUAUCCCGGUUGCUGCUGCGACGUUUGGAGUGCGCUCUACAGCUUCUCUUUCGAACAAAACCCCAACUGGUCUAAAGAAUACCCCGGACAGGAGGAAAUAUACGCAUACCUGGUCAAUAUCGCCGAGAAAUACGGGCUGUACAAGCACAUACGGUUCAACUCGACGGUUGAACAAGCGGAAUGGGAUGAAACAAAUGCCAAAUGGAGAACCACAGUCACCGUCUCAGCUCAGAAAGAUAGCGAGUUUCUCAACUCAUAUGUUAUCGAUUCAGAUUUCUUGGUGUCAGCUGUUGGCCAACUCAAUCUACCGCACGAGCCAGAGAUCCCCGGGUUACAUGACUUCCAAGGAAAGCUGAUGCAUUCUGCUCGAUGGGACUGGAGCUACGACUACAAGGGAAAGCGGAUCGCAAUUAUUGGAAAUGGCGCAACCGCUGCCCAGAUUGUCCCUGAGAUCGCCCCCGAAGCCGCACACCUCACAGUAUUCCAGCGGACGCCCAACUGGCUCAUUCCCCGAAAGGAUGCUCCAGUUUCCACGCUUCAGAAAGCUCUCUUGAAGUACUUCCCACCUCUGCUUUGGCGAAAGCGGGCUCUGCAAAUGCAAUAUCGUGAACUGAUCCACAGUGCGGUCUCUGAUAAUGAGUCGCACUUUGCGAAGUUGUUCCGCACGUGGUGUAAAGAAAUGAUGGAGAGUCAACUGGUAAAUAAGCCUGAGCUGUGGGAACCCCUCACGCCAAAAUAUGCUGUUGGCUGUAAGCGAGUGAUCAUCAGUGAUGAUUACUAUCCCGCUCUCGCUCGCGAUAACGUCGACUUGGAGACUCGUCGAAUCCUUCGGAUGACUGAGAAGGGAAUUGAAGUCGAGGGGGCUGGCGAGCAAGAAUACGAUCUUAUCAUCCUUGCAACGGGGUUCAAGACCGUGGAUUUCCUGCACCCCAUAACUGUCAUCGGCAGAAAUGGGCGACGCCUGCAUACCGACAUUUGGAAGAAGGGGGCUACGGCUUACAAGGGCCUGCAAGUGGAGGACUUGCCCAACUUUGGCAUUUUCUACGGUCCAAAUACAAACCUUGGACAUAAUUCCAUUAUUCUGAUGAUCGAGGCGCAAUCUCGUUAUUUGAACGCAAUCCUAAAAGAGAUACUUAGAGCCCGGCAAUCGGGAAAGACUCUGAUUAUAACGCCGACCACAAAAGCUCUCAAGACCUUCAAUGACAGGAUCCAAGCAGCGCUACAGGCAAGUAGUUUUGCCGACCCUAACUGCCAAAGUUGGUACAAGCAAGACGAUGGAGUGAUCACAAAUAAUUGGUCGAGUACGGCCAUCGAUUACCAACGGGAGCUAUCAGAGCUGCGCUGGGAGGACUACACAAUUGAAGGCUCGGGGAAAGACCUGCUCGUCUCAAAGAAACCCACUCAUGUAGCUCAAGCUCGAGAGGAACUCGUGUUCAGCGACUCAUCGCUCGUGCUUGGUCUCGGGGUUCUGGCUGUUGUAGGUGGCUACUUCGCGCUCCGUCCCGGGUCGACUUGGUUUCGAAGCCGAUAA